AUAAUAUGUAAAGCUAGCUAGUAGAAAAUGGCGGCACAUGGUAGAACUAGUGGUUGGCCCAAAGGACCAAAUUCAGGUGGACCUACAUAUAGAUAUGGCUCAAAUUCUUCAUCAAAUCAAAACGUCAGUGUCACUUUGGAAAGGACCAUUAAUCUUUAUCCCUUGAGCAACUACACAUUUGGUACCAAAGAACCCUUAUAUGAGAAAGACAGCUCUGUGGCAGCUCGAUUUCAACGGAUGCGAGAAGAGUUUGAGAAGAUUGGCAUGAGACGAUCGGUUGAGGGAGUGCUCAUAGUGCAUGAACAUGGUCUACCCCAUGUUCUUCUUCUUCAGCUUGGAACAACAUUUUUCAAAUUGCCUGGUGGAGAACUGAAUGCAGGGGAAGAUCAGGUGGCAGGACUAAAGAGACUGCUCACAGAGACACUAGGAAGACAGGAUGGUGCUGCCAUGGAUUGGGUAGUAGAAGACACCAUUGGCAACUGGUGGCGACCCAAUUUUGAACCUCCACAGUACCCUUACAUCCCAGCUCAUAUUACCAAGCCAAAGGAGCAUAAACGUCUCUUCCUUGUACAAUUACCAGAGAAAGCCUUGUUUGCCGUUCCCAGGAAUUAUAAGCUGGUAGCAGCUCCACUGUUUGAGCUUUAUGACAACUCUGCUGGUUAUGGGCCCAUCAUCUCUAGUUUACCGCAGGCUCUUGGCAGAUUCAACUUCAACUACAAGUAGCCGCCUCCAUCCGGUCAUCUCCAUUCAUCAGCAGACACUAUCGUCGUCAUCACGGUCAUCAUCUUGUGUCUGACCUCAGGUUUCAUCGUCAACACAGCCAUCGCCGGUCUGCUCGCCUCGCAGCUCUUGUACAGCGUGUGUUCAGCGCUCAUCUUCCCGGAAGUCGGGAUCAAGGGUCACUGUGCACGGAUUCCAUGUGUCAGUUUUUAAGAUGAUGUUCGCGUCUUCAUGUUACAAUAAAUCAGUGAAACUUUUUACAGUAAACUAACUAGUAGUGUUGUACUUUUAGUACGGUAAACUGACUAGCAGUGUUGUACUUUUAAAAUAAAUUAGUUCUCCACCGUG